GGACCGCCAUUUGCGUUUACAGAGAUUAAUAAUCGUCCGUGUGUGAUAGCGUCAUUUCGUGUGUACACCAUUCCGUACGUAUUGUCCCCGACGUCGGCCGCCCGCCCGCGCACCGAGUGCCCGUUUUUAUAAUCGUGCCGCGACAGUGAAUCACCCCUCUGUGAUACAGUGACAAAACCACGCCAAGCCGACAUCGUUACUAUUAUGUAGUGGACGCGAUCGGUUGAUACCACUAGUUAGUUUACGCGCGCGCUCGAUAGAACAGCGAAACAGACCCGUACUCAACCAUGGACAGCAACGGCGAGACGAAGCAGCAACAGCAGCCUCCGCCACCGCCGCCGCCGACGAGCGCAACGGAUCUAUAUCAAAUAUGCCGUCUUUGUCUGAGUACAUUGAACACGGACGAGGGUGAAUCGGUAUUCAACAACCAGGUGCCUUCGUUGCCGGAGAAAAUUUACCGCGUUUUCGGGAUACAAAUCACUGAUGCUAAAGAUUUGCCAAAUAAACUUUGCUCAAAAUGUGUGCAAAAUACUGAACAGUGUUAUAGCCAUAGAGAGACAUAUAAACGCCAAGAACGAGUUUUGUUUGAUAUGAUUAAAAAACCAGCAGUUGAGGAAGCUAAGAACUCACCAAAUUCUGAGUACGUGUAUAGUCCUGCAGAUUCAAAUCACUCAUCAUCGUCAGGUGUAUCAUCUGAUCCUCGUUACAUAAAGGCAAAUAGUUCUACCAAUAACAUGAACAAUAAUUCAACUUCUCCACCGUAUGAGACUAAUGCAUCUCUUGCUUCUCAUGUUGAAGUUAUUCAAGGGUGUGAUGAAAUGGCAGCUGAAGUGACAAUUGCUCACGAUUCAGAAGAAACUGUUUCUGGAGAUGAUACUAUUUGUACUGACAAUAAUGCUGAGUAUGGAACAUACAAUGAUGAUGAAAAUAUAAUUGUGGUCAAAACUGAACCUGAUGAUGAAUAUGAUGAAGAAUAUUUCAAUGGUUUGUAUAGCGCUAAAAAUGAUGAAGGAAACGAAAAUUAUGACCAACAAGAUGGACCUAAAGUAAUUGCUAGUGUUCAGUUCCCAAUUGUGAAUGGUACAAUUGUUAAUGGUACCCAUAAAAUUGGCCAAAAGCAAUUUUCUUUAGUAAACUGUAUUCCAACAUCUUGGGCUUCUAGUACUAGUAAAGAUCGUCGUAAACAAAGUUGUCCAACUAGGGCAUUAGAGCUAAGUGGUUUCCGAACACAAGUUGCUGGUGAUGAUACUAAUUCAUCAGAUGAAGGAAAUGUUUCUAAUUGGACAACCAAAAAAAUUCGAUCCAAUUCCCCUGCUGUUAUUGUAAAACCUGCAUACGCAUGGCCAAAUUUACAAGGCACUGGCCAAACCCUAAUAUUUCAAACAAAAAAUCCUGAUGGUACAACAUCUGAAAUACGUCCACAAGUUAUGCAAGUCGGUGAAUGGGCCAAUAAUCAAGGUCAAUCAAAUGCCCCGACUGAUCCAUCUGAUCGUAUGGGUAUGCUAUUAUUUGCUGCUACUCAUAUUCAAGAACUGUCUACUGAAAGUGAUGAUGGUCAAUCUCCCGGCACUCCUAAGGGUGCAACUGUAGUACGUGGGAAAUUAGUAUCUUCUGACCAAAAGCGUAAAUUAUAUCAGACACAAGCUACAAUUAGACGGUAUUCAGAUGGUCAUCAAGUACAACAACAGCAAGUUAAAGACAUUAAUGCUUCACCAAACAUACCUAGAAAACGCACUGCAAGAGAAUCAUCAGUUCAAAGAAUGUGUAGUAACUGUGGUACUACCUGUUCAACAAUAUGGCGACGCUUAAAUGAAGACCCAGUAUGUAACGCCUGUGGAUUAUACUAUAAGCUACAUGGAAAAAUUAGACCACCAACAAUGAGACGUGAUACAAUACAUACAAGACAACGUAGAAAACGAUCAGACAACGGUAUGGACAUAAGCAUGAAUAAGAAAAAAAUCAAAAUAAAAAAAGCAGAAGAUUGUAAAAUAGAAGAACAAGAGUAUGAAGUAGAACAACCUCCAUCGCCUAAUUCAGCGGCUGUACAAACUAUAAUUGAAGAACCUGUUCAAGAUGAAACACCAUUAAAUCUUGUCAACAAAUAAAGAGCAUGUGUAAUAUGCAAGGUUCGUCAUAUUCCUCCUCUUAAUUUUUUUUUUCUCCUAAUAUUGUAUAUGUGUAGUUAAAAAAAUUACUGAAUUAAGUAUUGAACCUAUAUCUUGUUCUUUAAAUAGUAAUCAUAGAAUGUUUUGCAUGCAUGCAUUAUAUCAACAUAUCUGAAUUUCAUAUGAAAUCAAAUUGAUUUUUUGACCUAUGUUAUUAAAAAUAAAAUCAAAACUGUAUUCAUAAUUUUUUCUGUGGACAAUUGUACAAAUAUUUUUAUAAGUUAAUAUUCAAUAUCCCUCCCAUUCCAUUUUAUAGUAAGAUGCAAGACCAACAAAUAACACUGUUGUGUUAUAUAACCUAUGUAUGUCAUUACUGUUGCAUAUUUGUUUGGUCAGUUGAUUAAAUCUAUAAAUAUAUAUAUGUAUCAUUUUAA